AUGUUACCUGUGGAUCACUGCGGCACUUCGUCCCAGGCGAAGAGCCCUGCGCAUUGCCGCUUAAACCCUAGCCCGGUCUCUAGGGUUUAUAGAAUGAGCGCAGCGUUGCGAGGAGGAGCUCGAGGCGCGGCUUCGCUUCUCUCCAGGGUAGUGUCACAACCCUCCAGCAGUGUCACCUCUGCGAUCGAUCGGAAGAAUGCCGCGGCGAGACUGGCGUUCCGGAGAGGGAUCCAUGAGAUUCGUUUCGAGUACCACGACACGACGUGGCUGCGGCUGUGGCAGAGCGUCGCGAAGAUCUCUUUCCGCAGGAGCGUUCUUCCCAUCGUCCAAGAGUACAUGCAAAGCGUCAAGAUGGAGAAGAAGCACUUGCUCAACGUCAUCUACAAGCUCCGGAUCACUGCGAAGUUUGGCCAGGCUCGCGAAAUAUGCGACUGGAUGAUCAGGAAUAAAGUUUUCGAGAUCGAGGAGUCGGACCACGUCCUUCUUCUGGAGCUGGUUGGCCGGAUCUCCAAGUUCCAAGCGACCAGGUGCUUCUGGGAGAUGCCGGCGGAGCUGAGAUCCGAGGCCGCCUACACCGCGAUGCUCCAAGUCUUCGCGAGAUGGCACGCCAUCCCCGCCGCCGAGGACACCAUGAGCGAGAUGAAGAGCCUCAACUUGAUCACUCGCGUCGAGCCUUACAACAUCAUGCUCGACAUGUACAAGCGCAAGAACGAGGACGACAAGGUCCGCGCCAUGUAUGACGAGCUCAGCUCUCUCGGCGUAGCUCCCGACGCUCACACGUACCUCAUCGUGCUGCGAGCCAAGCAGAAGAUCGGUGGCUUUGACGGGAUCGAGGCCGAGGUACGAAAGUUUCUGGAUGAGCAGCUCACGUCCAGGCAGCCGCUCUUCAUCUACGAGUGCAUGCUGCGGAUCUACACGCUGCUGCGAGACCUGACGGCCAUCGAGAACUUACGCUCCAUCCUCCUCAAGACGUUCAAGAAGUUCUCGUCCAGCAGCUACAACUGCUUGCUGGAUGCAUACAGGCAGCUGGGAGAGGUGGAGCGCGCCGAGAGGCUGUUCAACGAGAUUGGCAACAAGUUCACUCUCAACAUCCAGUCGUAUCGAGCCAUGAUCGCCGUGUACGCGAGCAACGGGCGCAUGGAGAAGGCAAACGAGCUCUACAAGCAGCUCUUCCGGGCCGGGUUUGAGUGCCAUCCCGCGAUCUAUCACGCGAUGGUGGCGGGCUACAUCGACGCCAGGGAUCACAGCAACGCGCUGAUACAGUAUGGAAAGGCGUGGGAUCGGAGCUUGCUGGGGCAUCCCAAGCCGCUGCGUGCCACCACGCUGCUGGUGCUGCGAGUUUUGGCCGAGCAGGGGGAUUUCUCGCGGGCCGAGAGCAUUGUUCGCGAUCUCAAGCGUGAGAGACAAGGGUCCGACGUCGAGGUUUACAACUGGCUGCUCAAGGCGUACAUCAAGGCAGAAGUUCCAGUGUUUGGGUUUGAUGGACGGAUGCUGGCAGCGGGCGUGAGGCCAAACGAUGAAUCGCUAGAGCUGCUGAGGCGGAUCAAUCUUCCAGCCAAGAAGGUGGAGACUAGAGAGAGAGAAGAGAGCAUCUAGGUGGGGUUUUGAGAAUAUUCUAUUCUCCAGGAUUGAUUAAUAUAUUUUUUUGUUUGACUAGUCAA